AGUCCAUCAUCCUAAAGCUGUCAUCCUUCACAGAAUAGAACGUUAAUUAGUCGUAAUUACAUUAUAUUCAGAAAAGCUGAUGUACAUUUUUAAAAUACCGUAUUUGUAAAUUGUCUGCAUUAUCUCGUUGUCAAGUAAAGACACUCCUGUCAGAACAUGCCAUGCGGUAGCUAAGAGAUCAGACUAAACAAACAUAGACUACAGGGAAACAGUUCACAAAGUUCAUCAGGGUGAAAUGGUACUCAGCGGCAGAUAAUCGAUACUUGAUGUAGUUUGCUGGAGCCCUUGAGUUAUGCUCACUACAUUUAAUGCAAUGACAUAUGGAGAACCACAUGACCAAUCAGGAGCAUACUCUGAGCAUUCUACUGGAACAAGCCAUGAAGAUCAGGGACGAUGUGGUGACUGGUCUACGUGCAACUCAGGGUUCAGUCCUGAUGGAGUCGUCUGCUAGAAAAUUACUGGAGAACCACAUUCAGAUCAUAACUCAUAUUGUCAAACAGCUCAGCAGAGACAUCCAGGCGCUGGAAACCCAGAUUAUUGAGAGAGACAACCUUGCUGCAGGGACGACUUUUGCAGUCAAGAGGUUGGAUCACAAGAACAUGACGGGUAUUGGGGAUCUCAGAGGCAGAGUGGCAAGAUGUGAUGCUAGCAUUGCUAAACUUUCAUCAGAUGUUAGUGCUGGACGGCAGGACAUCCUGAAACUCCAGCAGGAACUGAGCAAGUUACUCUCUGGGCUGGAGCUGAAGCUGAAAGACAUGGAGCUCAGCUCGCUGUCUCAGGAUUUGGAGAAACUAGAGGUAUCGCUGUCAGAGAAGUUCAUUUCUCAGAGGAACGCCACUGGAGAUUUACAGACGGAGAUACAACGACUGGAUCUAAAGAUCUCUAGUGGUCUGAGGGAGGUGGAGGAGCAGACAAUGACACUGAGGAAGUGGGCAGAGAAGCAUAAAACCACAGUUCAAUUACACACAGAGAGCAGACAGCAACUGCACACACUGCUGCAGAACAAAGUGGUUGAAGUGGAAAGCGAGCUGAAGGAGAACAUCGCUGUUCUCUCUAGUCAUCUGGAGAGGUUGGAGGCACAGUUGGAGAAGGUGCGAUCUUCUGACAGGACCAAGCGCUCAGAGAGCAAACUCAACAGCAAGAUCAACACUUUGGAGCAGUGCUUCAGAGAAGAACUAGUGCAGAUGAGGAGGGAGUACCAGUCAGGGUUCCAUGCGGUUCAUGAUGCCAUUGCAUCUCUGAGACACAUUGGCAACACCAAAGCCAAGCUGGAUAAAGGAGAGCUGCAAAGAGACAUGAGACAGAUCCAGAGAAGCAUGGUAGGACUGAAGGAGCCCUGACUGGAUCAUUCUUUUAG